CCCAAAUGGAGUCAUGAAAAGUUGGAUAAAAGAAAUGACUCAACAAAAACAAAAAGCAUUAACCUCCCAGAGUCAUUCUGAGGAUGAAAUUAAAUAACACAAAUAAAACACUUUGUAAAUCUUAAAGCACCAUAGAAAUCCUAACUAUUUAUCAUCAGUCUCACGAAGGGUGAUAUACUAUGAACUUUGACAAAUAUUGGAAUGUUUGGAGAGAUCUAAAUCUAUAUGAGACUUUAGUAUUUAAUGAAUUUGUUUUUUCCUUUUCGGUCAUUAAUGUUAACUCUGAAUUUGGACAUGAGUUUGGGUCCCAGCUCUGUCAUCUACAGCUGUGUAACCUUGGCUGGAGAAGGAAAUGGCAAGCCAUGACUUUCCCAAGAAAACCCCAAAUGGAGUCACAAAGAAUCGGACAUGAGUGGACGAUAACCACAGCAAAUGAAAAGUCUCUGGAGCAUAAUAGGUGUUUAACGAAUACUUAUUGAUGGAUGGAUGGAUUGAUCUCCUAUAGCUGCCAAAUUUCCCAUAGUACACAUAGUCAGUCUGCUGAAGAAAGAAGAAGGGCCCUCCUUGGUGCUACCCACCUAAAGUGAAAGGGAGGCAGUAUGGAACAGUGGAAAGACCACUCUCUGGAGCCACAGGACCUGGAUUCCAAUCUUGCCUCUGAUGGUUACUCCCUGGGUCACCUUGGACAAAAUCCCUGAGCCUCAUUUCAGUCCUCUGUAGAAUGAAGGGAUUGCACCAGGUGUCCUCCGAGGUCGAGCUCUAGGGCUCUAUUUAUGGCCUCUAAGGUCCCUUCCAGCUCUAAAUCUGGUCAGAAGGAAGAAAUGAGCCUCAGGGGAGCCGCAAGAAAGCAAAUCACCCUGCCGCUGAGGGAGACCAGAUGACUAUUGUUGUUCGUCCUUCGUUCUCAAAGAGGACUGAUGACAUCAGGAGGGCGAUGGACCUGUCUUAUUAGCCACAGUGUGUCCUGGCUCAGACACUGUCACCCUCAAAGGGACCUUCCAACAUUCCAUCCAUCUGGACCAUGGGGGCACCCCCAAGGAUGGCUCUUUCUGCCGCUAUUGCUCCUAGUAACCAGUAUCCCAGCUGAAGCCAGCCUGGAGAUUGAUUACAUCCCGGUCCUCACCAGGAAGCCUUUGGAAGGAAGCAUCACCAGCUCUACCUUUACCCUAGAUCAACCCAGUGGCCAAUUCAACAGCCCCAUCCUCAGUGACACUGAUGACAUAUGGCUUGUGGUUGCCUUUAGCAAUGCUAUCAACAACUUCACGGCUCCCCAGUCGCCCCAAGGCAUACCCCACACUUCAACAUUCCUGGAGAAAAAAUACUACAUGACUAUCCGGGCCAGUCGGGCACUCUACUCCAAUGAGACGAACGCCCAAGACAUCCGCAUCCUCAGGGUGGGCAAUGACACCAAGUGCACUGGGAAUACCUGCAACGCACCUCUGCCAGGUCCUGGUCCUUACAGAGUGAAGUUCUUGGUGAUGAAUGAUAACGGCCCAGUGGCAGAGACGAAGUGGUCUGAGGACAUCACGCUGAUAAAACCGGAGGAGGUCUCUGAGAUCCGUGCCCCCAAGAGCACGGGUACCAUCGUCAUCAUAGUAAUCCUGUCCAUACUGCUCAGCCUCCUGUUCCUUGCUCUUGUGGCGCUGCUUGUCUAUACGUGCUUUGACAUUUGUGGGACCAAGGAGAUCUCCAGGCCAGAGGAGUCCGUUCAAGUGAGGAGAUACAAUACGCACCACUCCUAUAGUGUGCCUGAUGCUGGCAGAAGCUGAGGAUUCUCCUGGUUCUCCCGGAGCAUGAGUGCAGCUGCCUUGCUCCAGGAUGUCUCAUUCCUGUCCCACUCCCCAAUCCCGUCCUGAUCGCUCUCUGGCUCUCCUGACCUCCGACCCAGCUUCCCAUCUACUCUGACCUCCUAGCCCCCAGGACCCCUUCAUCCUCCUGACUCUGGAGAGGCAGGAAGCCUCCUGGGGUCAGGUCCGUGCAGAGCCGGGCUUGGGGUCAGUGCGCCCAGAGCCAAUCCUUAGACCAGUCACUGACCCUCUCUUCAUUCUGAGGAAGUGGAUGGCCUCUAAGGUACCUUCCAGCUCUCAAGCUGUGGUUCUAGGGAUCAUCCCUAGAAGGGAACUCAGAGGUCAUCUCACUUUACAGAUGAGGAGACUGAGGCCCAGAAAGAGACCUUGCUGCAGGUCACAAAGGCACUUAGACUUGUAAGAUCAUGGGUCCAAUGCAACAAGGGGCUUUCAAGGCCAUCCAACCUCCUCAUUUUACAUGUGGGGAAACCGAGGCCUGGAGUGGUGAAGAUGCUUGCUCAAGGUUACAACUGCAGAGUUGGUAGUAGAACUCAGUUCCUCUGUCACUACCCUUCCCCCACCCCCAGAUCCUGACUCUACCACCUGUGGCUUAAACCUCUGACACCUACUUUCCCUCUGGGGUCUCCAGUUCUACUCCCACCUCACCUCCACCCCUUACACACACACACACAGACACACACCCCACCACCACCAUCUACAGAGUACAGAAAAUCUGGAGUUUUGCUCUUCUCACCUUCUUGGGAUGAAUGAAAUGCUACCUCCAGCCUCAGCCUCUUCUUAUCUAAUCAAACCAAACAGCAAAUGUUUGCUGAGUUCAUUUAGCACUCUAUCUUGAGCCUGGCAUUAAAAACCAAACCAAACAAAACCCACAGGUUCAAACAGAGACCUGGGCCACUGUGCCAACUCUGUGGGGGUAGCUAGCUGUGGGGGAGUGCUCCUGCCAGGGAGGGAGGGACCCCCACUAGUCUCUAAGAGCUGGACUGGCCAGGAGGUUUCCUAGAGAAGUUGGGAUUUCUUGAUUGCCUGAAAUCAGAUCUAAUCCUUUAACCACAGAUAAGCAAGCUGGAUAGGGAAGCAGAGUUCCAGCUUGAGUUUGCCCUCUUUCUCUGCUGCACCUCCCCCUCAUCUGUUUCCAGGAGGUUCUAAAUCCCUAUAACUCUUUUAUUGGCUAAAGCAAACACAUUCUGUUCCAAUGGCCCCCAGAAAUGAUGUGAUGAAUUGCUCCCUAGGAACUGACAUCUAUGAACCUGCCUGGGGAGCUGCAGUGGCCCGGGUCUGGGGAUAGAGGAGGAGAAGGAAGAGGAGGGUGAGAAGAGGUCCUAGCCCCAGAGGUAGCACGGGGUGCUGCCCAGACUCAUCCUAUCUUACCCCCAGCUAUUCACUUCCCUCCCGGAGUCUCUGUGACCUUGACACUUGGGACUUCAAGCCAAGUCAUACAGGAAUGGUUGAAGGAAGCUGGGGCUGGGCCUUAGAAGAGAAGACUGGGGGGCGGGGGGGUGAGGGAGAUGAGAGACAUGACAGCCAUCUUCAAGUGUUUGAAGGGAGAGCACCUAGAAUUGGAACUCAUUCUGCCUGGCCCCAGGAUGACCUAUGGAUGGAAGGUUUUACAACUUCAAUUAAUGCUGGAGGUCAAGAAAGACUUGUUAACCAUCAAUGGGAGCUGUCCAGCAGCAGGAUGGGCUGGCCUAGGAGGUGGUGGGCUCCUCUGCCCUGGAAGUCUUCAGGCAGAGGCUACUGGGACCCCUCAUUAAGAAUGAGAGAGAGAGAGAGAGAGGAUUUGGGAUUCUGUGAGCCCUCCUGGGGGCUGAGCACAUUGUGCCCUCAGGGAGCUCUCACCAAGGAAAAGUGAAAGCUAUGAACACAGGGCAGUGGAGGUCACAUGGCAGGGACUGGGCAGCUCAGCAUCUCCCAGCAUUCCUUGUGGGGCAAAAAAGGAGCUUGGCCCAAGUGAUCCCUGAUGGACAGUGAAGAUCGGAGUCUGAUUGACCCUCCAUCAUCAGGACAUGGGGAAGGAGCCCUGCUUCUGAGGUCCAAGGACCUGGCUUCAAAUCUCGUCCCUGCCCCUUGCUGUCCUUGUGACCUUAUCCCCUCGCAUAACCUCAGUUUCCUCGCCUGUAAAAUGAAGGUGUUUUAGAUUCUCCUGAUGCCGUCUUCCUUCCAGGCCCAGCUCAGCUGUCCCCUCCUCCGUGGGACCUUUCUCGGACCAUGUCUGCUCCCCGAGAGCUCCUCCCUUAAGUCAAUCCUAUCUCAUCCUACCUUGCAUACACUUCUGUACUUGCUAUAUCCCUUUGAUUAAAUAAUACACCCCUUGAGGUUAACUGCAUCAGCUGUGUAUCUUCUCCAGCUCCCAGCCCAAGACAGGGUCUUACAUGGAAUAGGCUCUUUAUGUUUAUUAAACUGGAUUGAGUUGAGUUGAGUUGGAAAGAACUUUGGAAGUCAUAGUGUCUGAUGCCCUUAUUUUACAAGUGAGGAAACUGAGGAACAGAGAAGUGAAAUCAGUUGGCCAGGAUCACAUCGCUAGGAAGUAUCCAAAGGGGACAUUUGAACCCAGGUCUUCUUGACACGACGGCCAGUGCUCACCCCAGAUACGUGUGACCUUGGAUGACCAAUUGGACCUUUCCUGGCCUCAGCUCCUCCUGCAUAAAAUGAGAGCUGGGGUGAGGGCUGGGCUGGAUAUCCCCUUAUGGCUUCAGAUCCUAGGAAUUGAGAGUGUUUAGAAGAACGAAUGGGCUUGGUAGGCUAGGAGGGCUUCCUGGAGGAGGGGAGGCUUGGCCGGAGAACCACCAGCCAUGUGCGCAGCCCCAUGUUUAGUACUAUGAGGGCUGGAGCAAGAGACAUGGACCUCGGCCUCUUCAGGAGGCUUACAGUCCAGCUAGAAAACCAGGAUAUGUACACAUGAAGAGAGCCAAUAGUGUCCUGUAAAGCAGUAAGCAGAGUAUGACUCUGGUGGCAAAGGACCUGGGUUCAAAUCCCACCCCUGAUAUUAUCUAAUGUGUGACUCUGGCAAUCAUUCAAUGCAGAUGAUUCAACCUCUCUGGGUGUCAGUUUCCUCAUUUAUAAAACACAGAA